GAAUCACGUUUCGCACGUGCUGCUGAUGAGACCGAAUGGAUCCCAUUGUCGCUGACAUUGGUAGAGUAUCCGCAAGGAAAGUUGCCAAUGGAUAAAAAGCACUGUUUAUACAGCUAUCAAUCUCAGCGGAUGACCCUCCUUAUGAAUUUUUGGCAGUCCACAAGAACUCAUAAGUUUUGAUUUAUAAAUCAUGGGAUAUCUUUGGACAACUUUUGGCUGUAAUAAGUCUAAUGCCCUUUGCCAUUAUAACUGGUUUUAUCACAUUGAUACUUUUUAGGAGGGAUUUACAUACCAUUGUAUUUUUUAUCGGAGUCAGUAUCAAUGAAUGUAUAAAUUAUAUAUUAAAACACAUGAUUCGUCAAGCAAGGCCGAUGAAGAGAGAUGGCCUGUACGCCGAAUACGGCAUGCCGUCUACACAUACACAAUUUAUGUGGUUUUUUGCUGCAUACGCAACACUUUUUAUAUACUUUAGGUUAAAUUACAACUGUACGGUAACUGAGAGAUUUUGGCGGACAAUAGUAGCGAUAGGAUGCAUCGUCACAGCUUUAUUGGUAACUUACAGCAGAGUGUAUCUGUUGUACCACUCCAACACCCAAGUAAUUUGGGGUGCAUUAAUUGGGAUUACACUGGGAUCAGCAUGGUUCAUAAUCAUGCACAUGACCUUGACACCGUUUUUUCCUAUAGUAGUUUCGUGGCGAAUAUCAGAGUUUUUGUUGCUGCGUGAUACGACGCUGAUCCCUAAUGUCUUGUGGUUCGAGUACACAAAUAUUCGUACGGAGGCUCGGGCACGAGCGCGAAAGCUAUCGGCAAUUGGAAGGUCACAUUGACAACCAAUUAUAGUAUCGGCCAAUAAGCCGAUAGCGUAUAAUAAUGCCUUGAUAACGAACGACUCAAAACAUUAAACUAACAUUCCUGCAAUUAAUUGUGUUGGAGGAUUAAUGCAAAAACACGUUUGAAAUAUUUAAUCCUCUUAUCAGAGACGAUUUAAGUUUCACAAAUUCCAAUAUAAACGUGGAACCGAUUAUGAAAUGAUCACGUCAUUGCAAUGUGAUGCAUCAUCAUUCAAUAUUGUCGUUAUUAUGAUAAUUAUUGUCUAUUAUUAAUACUAAUACGAUAAUAUUAAGCUGUUUUUAACGAGAAAUAAUUGGAGUAACGGCGCCGUCAAAGCUGUGGCACAAGUGCGUAUCUAUUUGCGACUGCUGGAAGGAUAUUGCUGGGGAGAAAAAAUAAUGGAUACGAUCGUCACGCGUGUUGUAACAGAGUGCUGGCAUGGCCGAGAUUAUUAAAUUAAAGUCAUCAAAUGCGUUUGCACGUUCAAGCACGAUUGUAUUUUUAGCAAGUUAUUCUUUUUAAGGUCUCGCAAAUUGUUCUAGAGUACCGUUUUGUACCAACUCCCAAGAGGCAUGUAUCGCCUGUGUGCUAGAUUCUCUCUCCAUGUGUUCCUAAUAAUUAAGUAAAGAACGAAAUAAUAUGUGGGAUGUACGCAAUGUUUAGUCAAAUAAAACUGGAAAUUCAGAAACAGUUAAGAGAAAGCAGCUGCGAGAAGAAAAUCGAUUCACUCAAUAAAUCUGUUUCUGAAUGAGCAUGCAAGUCAUCAAUGUUAUGUGAUGUUUCGCAGCGAUUCAUUCCAGCGUAUUUACGAAAAUUGGGAUAUUCAUUCAAUACAUAUUCAUGACUCGUACAUUGUAUAAGAUAUACAUUUUUUAAAAAAAUGUAAGAGGAAGAUCAAACUGGAAUACAACGCAGCAUUAUAAAAAUUGUUGAGUUAAUAGAAUUGAUUGUAUUAGACAUAAAAUUAUAAUAUAACGUUGUUUGACAUGUUUGUAUUCCAGGCGCGAAUCUUCCUUAUUCAUUGUCGAAUCAUCAUUUAUGAGAUUACUGCCUGAGGAUCAUAUCAAUCUUUUUCUAUUUUUUUUUCCAGAGUUAAUAGUAAUGUUUUAAAAAAUUUAAUUUCUCUCUCUCUCUUUCUCGAGCAGGGACGUGUGAAGACAGCAUUAAUUAGUCGGAUAGAAGUUAGCGAAUAUAUAUAGUUAUUAUAUAUGAUAUCUUUUUUCUGAGGAGGAGGUUUGCAUUUUGUUAAUGGAAUUCAAUAAACUGCACAUAAGCAGUGCAAAUGGGUUUUGUGAAAAUCUUGUAUAGAAAAGGAGUCGUCUCAUUUUACGACUUUGAUUACAUUUAAUAAAUAUAUUGCCACGUAA